CUCCCACGGGACGCCGCCCCAAGCGCGUGCUUGGCGCGCUGGGGUCUGGAGCCGGCCCUGCAAGGGCACAUUCAGUUCGGCUAAUGCGGGACUUCUGGGAGACGCCAUAGAGGCGUUCAGAAAUAGAUGCAGGGAUUAGACAGGUUGACCUAGAAGCUUUAGGGCUGGAUCAGCAGGCAGCAAUCAAUCCAGCGGGGGUUGAUUUAUCACAUCUAGUCUAGAUGCAAUAAAUUGUCCGCCAAGCGCUCACCCAUCAACUCCACCAGGCUGAGCGGCGCAGUCGAUGGGAGAGUGUCAGUUGUCAACUUACUGCGGUGUCUUCACUGCAGUAAGCAGGUCCAAGUGUGUCAACUUCAGCUAUGUUAUUCACAUAUUCACACAUAGCUGAAGUUGUGUAACUUACUGUAGAUCGAUUUCUCUCCCCCUUCCCCGUGUAGACCAGGCCACAGACUACUUGGAUAAUGUGUUCUUUUACACUUGAUUUGUUUGUUUGGUCAAGUAAAGUUAAUGUAUAAAUUCAGAAGAAGCUUAUUUUCUCCAGUACCCUCUUUCCUCCCACUGCUCCACAUGUAGACCUCACCCAUGCAGACUACUCUAGUUGGGCAGACACAUGUUGCCAGGUGCAGUCUCAGAAGCCACUGGGGCUCCAUGGGUGUGGAGAGCCACCAGUGUGGAGCAACUUGCAGACUCAGGGUCUUUUGUAGCACAACAGAGAUGACUUCCACAACGGCCCUCUGAUUAGUAUCACCCCUGAGUGCCAGAUACAGAGAAAAAUGGCUAGAUUUGGAAGUGAUGGUAGGGAAAUGGUUACAAACCACAUAGGAAAGAAACAGAGAACAGAUGUUCACAAGAUGUAAUAGUUUAUGUGGAAAUAGUAAAAAAACUUGUCUCUUUUAAUAAUGAAAUAUUUGGUGGUAAGCAUUAAUAAAGAGCCAGAGUAGAUGAAUAAUAGCACCACUUGACACAUGAGUUGGUGUCACGUUUAUACUAUAUUAUUUUAACAGUAUCAUCUUUUUGUUUAGGUUUUGACUGAAGCAUUUACUUCUGUUGAAGAAAAGAGGGAAUCAGGCUUAAAUUUUCUAUAAGAAAGGAAAGUGUUGCUUUUCAACCAUGUCCACCCAUAAUAUUGGAGUGAGCAGACAUUCCAUUCUCCCUCCCAUUGUUCCUGACAGUGAUAAGAAAUUUUUAGACAGUAUACAAGGAUACAUCAUUACAGAAAUUGAAAAAGUGGGUUGUACAGAACAAGGACCAGCUGAGGAGUAUUAUAUUAUAUACAGUAAUGUUUUUGACAAGAUAAUAGAGCAUGUUACUGUGUACAAGAACAUUCUGACUUCAAUCAAACAGGAGUAUGAUGCAUUUAUUGAAGCAAUAAAAAAGGGCCAAAGGAAUGCAUUUUAUCUUCAUGGAAAAUUGAAAGUUCUGGCAUCAGAGGCAACAACUCUAAUAUAUUAUAGAAAAAGAGCAAUCCAACUUGAAGAUAAGAUAAAAGUUAUUGAGAGAAAUUCUUCUAGAAUUCAAAAUCUGAUAUUGAAAAUAAGAAAUAUUAAAAAAGUGCCCUCUACAGAAGCUUUGACUCCAAGAAAAAAGAUAAACCCUGCUAAGCCUAUACCAGGUCUGACUGUAAAAGAAUCUCUCAGCUUAGAUGCUCUUUCUAGACACCUUGCUCAGCUAGAAGGGAGAGUGCAGGAACUGAAAGCAGACAUGAUAUCAAAAUACAUUCCUCUGGAGAACAAGGCUGGCCUAGAGCAGGAACUCAAGCACUCAUUGGAACUACGAGAUAAGGCAGAGGCAGUGAAUGAGAAACUGAGACUUAGUUAUAAUAGAAUUACAUUGGUUGCAAAUGCUGUGUCUGCCUGGGCAAAAUCUGACAAGAGCACCUCCUUACAAGAACUCCUCUCUCAAGUCAUGGAAAAGAAGGAAGUUGUAAAAGCUGCUGCUGCCUUUAGCAUCUCUCAUAUAUUUGAACAUGACCCCAGCAAGAGUAAAGAGGCUGAAGAUUUACUUGAAUAUAUUGAAAGAUUCAAUGAAUUAUUUUCAUAUGGUCAGUAUGAGGCUGCAGCAGUUUAUGCUGCAAACUGUCCUAGAGGAAUUCUCCGCAAUGAAGAAACCAUGAUGAAAUUUAAGGCUCUUGGUGCUGUUAAGGGGAGGAUUCUCCCUUUGCUGAGAUAUUUUGAGGCCCUCAUAAGCUCAAGUGCUGCAGUUAGACACCCUCUGUGUGCAGCCAUGACUCUGGAAGCAAUCAAAUGUGCAUUGUUUGAAAAACAGUUAAAUCUAGUUAUGCACUGGGUCACACAGCAAAGGCUGACGUUUUGUGAGGCAGCAGGGGAUGUGAUUUAUGACUAUGGGGAGGUGGAACCAUUCAACAAGUCCAAGUGCUUGGCUUUGGCUCAGAUUGCCUACAGUCAGUGUGGCGUGCACAAGAAAGCUGCUCUGUGCUUGUGUAAACAAGGCCAAAUUUGUGGAGCAAUGGAUUAUAUACAGCAAUUCAAACAGCUCACUUUAGAUGAUUACUUAUUCCUACUGAAAAACUGUCCUAGUAUUGAGCUAAUUCAUUGUCUAACUCAAGAGUGGAAUGAGAAACCAGCAUUAUUAUCCAUUGGGGCUACGAUCCUCUCACUCAUUGAUACUGAUCACAAAGAGCAUGGUUUACAACUGUUAGAGGAAAUAAACAUGGGUGAGAAGAAUGCACUGGAACAAGUUAUUUUAAAUGAUACGGUCUGUACCUUGGAAGGUUGGAAGAAGAUUGCAGAUACAUGUGCAGAAAAUAAGCAUGAAAAAUUGUCUCAAGAAAUCCUCUCAAUCCUUACCUCACAGGAAGGAGUGGUUCAGAUUUCUCCAUUUGAUGAUGAUGAUGAUGUAAAGAUAAUGGAACAUGUUUUCUUGUAGUUCUUCUGUAAAGCAAUUGAGGGAGCUCUAACAAUAUUCAACCUAAGUAUUGUUUUAGUUGCUUGUAUGAAUUAUAGUAAACAUUGAUCACUCAGAAAUAG